AUGACUUGAAGAAGGUGACAGUUCGUCAGGAAAGGAAAAUAAUAAAAUUGUGAAAAUGGUUUCUCCGAUUUGUGGACCGAAGCUUUCAGCUUAUUGUAGUAUCUUGAGUGUUUGGGGAAUCGUUAUGUUGGGGCUAUUAGGACUGUUCUUCCAGAUCAGAAGCCCAACUUUAAUAGAAGAUAUUCCUCUGGAAAAUUGGAAUGGAACAUAUUCAGAAGCAGUAGAAAAAUUUGAACAGACGGCCAUGAAUUGUUGGAUAGCUGCUGGAAUUUAUGUGGUUUUAUUUAUUUUUUCAUUCGUACAACAAAGGAUGCAUUCACGAGCCAGUUAUGAAAUGUCGUAAAAACCCUGAUGAAAUGAUAUUGUGUAUGAAUUAGCAAGCAUUUUGUGUUAUAAAUCCAUUUAAAUUUUUGUGUAAAUAUAUAUUUAUGUGAGGUAGAUACUGUAUAUGUAUUUUCUGGUAAUCUAAACAAUACAGACUAUAUAUGCAAUAUAAAGUUGGCUUCUCUUGUGAAACAGUAAAACUUAUGAAAAAUCUUUAACAUAGAUGAAUUUUCUUAUCAUUCUGUCAAAAAUAGCUAUCAGAAGAUAAGUAAGAAUCUGCAAUUUUUUAAGCCAGUGUGCAACUCUCAAUUUAAUGCAAUCAGAAGAUAAGAAAAAGUCAGCAAUUUUCUUACUAGCUGACAAAUUUCCUUAUUAUAUAUUAGAGGCUAGCUUAGAGUCAGCAAGUUUCUGACUUGUGAAAUAUUUAUUAAAAGAUUUUAUUACUAUAAUCGAUAAAUUAUCAGCAAAUUUGUGAGCUGUAACUCUAAUCUGAGUGUUUAUGAACAAAAUGUAAAUAUUAUUGUUAGAAUUGUAUUGUUAUAAUCAAGUAGGUGUCAGUUUGGUCUAUUAUUAUCAUUUUUAAAGUCCUUCUUUAUAAUUCUUGGAUAUUUAUACCUUUGGAAAUUUCAUACAUGGAAAACACUAUUAUAUUUUGGGUAUAUAUGAUCCUGAAUACAAUAGAAGGCUGGCUUAGUUAUCAUAUUAUGAUAAUUCAUGGGAACUCAUGCCGUAGAGGAAUAGGGUUGUUUAAUGGAAAUUGUGCAUCCCUGUCAGAGUCUACAUAGCUAAUACAAUAGAAGGCUGGCUUAGUUUCUAUCUUAAAACAUUCCAAGUGAUCUGUACCAGCCUGUGUCAAAUUUCUUGCUACUUAUAUCUUCACAUUGGCAAGCUCUUACCUUUUUGUAAUUUCUUUUGAAGGUAUUUCCAUGGAAUGUGUAAUAAUUAUUGUAUGUAUAUUAAGAAUCAUGUAUUAAAAAUUAUUAUUCCUUCAAAA